AUGAUUAUUUCGAUAUUGGUGAUUUCUGUCUCGUUAUUAGGAGUUUACUGGUACAGUUUGUGGACGAAACGACAAAAGAGACAAGCUGAACUGCUCAAAAUCGUUGACAAAAAACGGGCAGAACGAGAGGAAAGUAUCAAAUUUGCCAAGAAAUCUUCCUCCGCACUUGAUAUCGAUCGAAGGAAUUAUAUUGCGAAAUUGAGCUAUCAUGAGUUGAAAGCCGAACUACAAAUCGGAACUGUGACUUGUGUGGAAGCUGUCCGAACCUAUUAUCAUAAGGCACUCAUUGCAACUGAGAAGACGAAUGCUGUUUGCAUGUUCAUUGAAGAAGCUGAACACUGGGCGAAGAAUCUUGACGAGAAGGCUAAAGAUCCCAACUACAAGAAGCCUGCGCUGUUUGGAAUUCCGAUAUCGUUGAAAGAAUGUGUCCCGAUCAAAGACUAUGAUCAGACGCGCGGAUUUGUGCAGGACACGUUCCGUCCGACACUUGAGGAUUCGGUGAUGGUUGCUCAGAUCAAAUCACUUGGUGCCAUUCCAUUCUGCCAGACAAAUGUCCCGCAAUCGUUGCUCUCCUAUAAUUGCUCGAAUCCUGUGUAUGGAACGACGAAUCAUCCAAUGGACAAGAAUCGCACAAGUGGAGGAUCGUCAGGCGGAGAAUCCGCAUUGAUCAGCGCCGAUGGAUCGCUUAUCGGAAUUGGCGGAGAUGUCGGAGGGUCGAUUCGAAUUCCGUGCGCCUUCACUGGAACAGCUGGAAUCAAACCUUCCCAUUUGCGAUUCUCACACAGAGGAGUUUGUGGAUCAGUUCCAGGAAGACCUUUGAUCAAUUCAAAUGAUGGGCCAAUGGGAAAAGAUAUUGCGACUAGCGUAGAUUUUUUGAGAAGUGUCUGGUCUGACAACUACAUUUCUGAACAGGAUCCGUAUGUGCCGCCCGUUUUAUGGAAUGAGCAAGAGUUCACAAGCACAAGACCGCUCAGAAUCGGCUAUUAUAUUGACGACGGCUGGUUUACGCCGACUCCGGCCUGUCAGAGAGCGGUUCUCGAAGCGAAAGCUCUUCUCGAGGAAAAAGGACACACUCUUGUACCAUUCAGACCACCAAGAGUCCCAGAAGUCAUGAUUAUGUUCAUUCGUGCAGUUUGUGUGGAUGCUGGAAAGUUUUUGUCGAGAAAACUGAUGAAUGAUGUGAUCGAUCCUCUUCUCUACACCCAAGUCAUUCUUUGGAUGAUUCCAGUGUCAGUUCAGCGAAUUCUCAGCUACGCCGGCAAAGUGUUGUUCCCUCGCCUCGGCCAAAUGAUGAACGCUCUUACACUGAGCACUGUGGAGCUCAGAGAGACUUACGCCGAUAUCGAAUCCUACCGAAAUGAAUUCGCAAAACUUAUGAUGGAAAAGAAGCUUGAUGCUCUUCUUUGCCCAACUACCGUAACCCCGGCUCCACCUCAUGUGGUACCUUCAAAGUUGUUCGCUGCGACGAGUUACACUGGAAUCUUCAAUCUUUUGGAUUAUGCUGCAGGCUCGGUUCCAGUCACGAGAGUAACAAAGGAAGACGACACGAAGCUUGAAGAAGAAUAUGAAGCUUCUGACCCAUGGUACAAGAUUGCAAAGAACGCAUCGAAGGGGACUGUCGGAUUCCCGAUCGGAGUGCAAGUGGCGACUCCGCCGUAUAAAGAAGAAAUGUGCCUGAGAAUUUUGUACGAAAUUGAGCAGAAGGUCGUUGAGCUGUCAAAAUAA